AUGCCUCUCCCACAGAAUACCGUCGCUGCCCUUACGGCACUGGUCGACAAGGCCGUGGCCAACCCCACGACCGACAUUCCUGGCGUGGCUGUCGUAGUGGUCGACCGUAAUGGCAACGAGUUGUUUACCCGCGCCGCUGGCCGCCGCGGCGUGACGACGACUGAGCUGCUGACGCUCGAUAAUGUCUUUUGGAUUGCCUCGUGCACCAAGAUGAUUACGGGCGUGGCCGUCAUGCAGUUGGUCGAAAAGGGCGUGCUGCGGAUGGACGACAGCAGUCAGGUGGCCAAGCUAUGUCCCGAGCUGACUGGCCUGACCGUUCUGCUGCCUGACGGCACGACGGAGCCGCAGAAAAAUGCCAUCACGCUGCGCAUGCUGCUCACCCACACCGCCGGAUUUGGCUACAGCUUCUUCAACGAGCGGCUGCGUGACUGGUGGCUGCCCAUCGGCGCCAACGAGUUCUCCGGCCGGAUCGAGGAUAUGCGCAUGCCGCUGCUCUUCCAACCUGGCGAAGGCUGGGAAUACGGCGUCAACAUCGACUGGGCCGGCGUCCUGCUGGAGCGGGCAACCGGCCUCACACUCAACCAGUACCUGCAGAAGAACGUGGUCGGGCCGCUGGGACUGACGGACAUCAACAUCAUCCCCUCGGUCGACAUGCGCGCCCGUCUCGCCCACAUGCACUUCCGCCAGCCCGAUGGGAAGUUGCGCGUCCGAGACCAUCCGUUCCGGGUGCCUCUGGAGGCAGACCCUGAUGAUGCGGCCGCUGUGGCCCGUGUGUUUAAUAGCGGAGGUGCAGGCGUAUUUGCCAGGCCGCAGGAAUAUACUAAGAUCCUCGCCGUCCUGCUCAAUGACGGAACCUGUCCUCGCACUGGUGUUAAGCUCCUCGAGAAAGAGACGGUGAACACCAUGUUCACCAAUCAGAUCCCCCAGUUUCCCAACGCCGGGCGGCAAUUUAUCCCGGCUGCCAAGCCCGAAUACACCAACCCGAUACCGGAGCUCUACUCUGUCCCGGGGAGCCCGCCACAGGGAUGGGGCCUGACCUUUAUGCUCAGCAACGGUGGCGCGACGGGACGGUCUAAGUCUACGGGACAUUGGGCUGGCCUGCCAAACCUCUGGUGGUGGGCCGAUCGUGAGAACGGCGUUGCCGGCGUUGUCUUUACGCAGAUUCUCCCCUUUGUCGACAACAAGGUGCUCGAGCUGUGGGCAAAUGUCGAGACCGAAGUGUACAAAGCGUUAGCCAGUAGGGGUUGA